AUGCUUAUCCAUGAUGGCAAGCCGCCCUCCGCAUCCGAGACGAGGACGAUAACGGCCAGCAUGAGCCUCUGCCGCCACCAACCCCCGCCAGCGAUUGCCCGCACGGCCGUAACAGCACUCGGCAUGGCCCGGGCCGGCCUCGGCGCCGUCGUCACCCUAUUCCCCGGCUGGACGGCAGGUCUCAUCGGCAUCUCUCUCGAUCCCGCGGGCGCCGUGUUCGCCCGGGCCUUUGGCGUUCGCGACCUCAUCCUCGGCGAGCUCCUCCUCACCGCCGGCGGCAACCACGCCCCGGACGGCGGACGGCGGGAGGUGAGGAGGAUGCUCUGGGCGGGUCUCGCGGCGGACGCGGCGGACCUUGUCAUCGUCUCCUUCGCGUGGGGGCUGGAGACCUUGGCGGGUUCGCGACCGGGAGCCUCGCCGGGCUCAUUGCGGUUUCCAUGUUGCUCGGGGCGGAAGGACUGA